AUGACCACAGUCCGUGCCAUCAGUGCCACUCAGAAGAUUAUAGAUGGUCCCUCUGGAAAGCAGUGGCAUGAUGGCCAUGGGGCUGCCCAGAACAUCAUCCCUGCAUCCAUGGGUGCUGCCAAGGUUGUGGGCAAGCUCAUCCCAGAGCUGAGCAGGAAGCUCACUGGCAUAGUCUUCUGUGUAUCCGUUGUGGAUCUAACAUGCUACCUGGAGAAAUCUGGCAAGUAUGAUGACAUUAAGAAGGCGGUGAAGCAGAAAUUUGAGGGUCCACUAAAGGGCAUCCUGGGCUAUACUGAGGACCAGAUUGUCUCCCGUGAAUUUAACGGUAACCCCAACUCUUCCACCUUUGAUGCUAGUGCUGGCAUUGCUUUCAAUGGCAACUUUGUAAAGCUCAUUUCCUAG